AUGGCACCCAGGACGCCGAAGACACGCAAAGCUAAGGCAAAUGCAAGAACUAACGAAACUACUGUUGCCAUCGAAGAAAAGGAUACUGUUAAUCAGGUUAGAGAAUCGAUUAAAUUUCAUGAUGUGCGAGAAUCUCUUAAUGUAUUUACCGGUGAUGAUACUUAUUCAAUCAUUAAAUGGAUAGAAGAUUUGGAAGAAAUGAGCGAAGUAUGUGGAUGGUCUGAUGUUGAACUUUUUAUAUAUAGUAAACGUCUAUUGUCGGGGACUGCUGCCCUAUAUCUACGUUCUGAAACUGGUAUUAAGUCAUGGAAUUUAAUGAGGGAAUGUUUGAUGAAUGAGUUUCGUAAUAAUUUAACUUCGGCUGACGUGCAUAGGCAGCUUACAGCCAGAAUAAAAAAUAAUGACGAAUCUCAUCAGCAGUAUUUGUUUAAAAUGAUGGAAAUAGCAAAACAAGGAGAUGUGUCUGAAGAUUCACUAUUGGAUUAUGUCAUUGCUGGCAUUCAGGAUAGUGAAGUGAAUAAGGCUUUACUUUAUGGAGCUACAACAAUAAGCGAAUUUAAAAUAAAACUACAAUUGUAUGUUAAGAUGAAGUCAAGGAUGCACAUCUCUGAGUCAGGAAUAUCUAAGGUUUUUAAUGGUGCUGCAAGUAAUCAUAAUGCAGGUAAUAUAAAACAAAACUCGAUGUCUGGUGUUGCGAACACAAUAAUUAGAUGUUAUAAUUGCGGAUCUAAGACACAUCAACAUAGGGAAUGUCCAGACUUGGAUAAAGGUCCUAAGUGUUUUGCUUGUAGAUCUUUUGGCCACAAAUCAACAGAAUGCCCUGAUAAGGAAACUCAAACAAAGCAAGUGAAUAAUGAUGAAAAACCACAAGUUUAUCAAGUGAAUGCUAUAAAUACUAAUGAGCGAAUAUUUAAAGAAAUUAAUGUCUUAGGAAUCCAGACGUUAGCCCUUAUAGACACUGGCUGCGAUUUGAAUUUAUGCCGACAGUCAUUAAUUAAAGGUAUUGACGCUGUCAAUGCAGAAGUUAGUCUUAGUGGACCAGCUGGAACUAUGUUUUGUACUAAGAAAAAAUUCAUCACUGAAUUAGAAGUUGAUAAUGCUACUUAUACAGUAGAAGUAUACUCGGUACCUGAUGAAGAUAUAAUGUGUGACUUUAUAAUAGGUAGAUCAUUAUUCCAAACCAAUGCUGAACUAAAAAUUAGUCCUGGAGUGAUUGAAAUCAACAAAAUAACUAUCGAAACAAGUGAGUUUGAUGUAGGAUCUAGAGAACACUAUCCGGUUAUAAAGAGUAUGAUAGCUAACUAUGUACCAUGUGCUACAGAAACUACACCCAUAAAAACCAAAAUUAUAGUCAGUGAUGAAGAACCCAUCUAUCAGCGAUCAAGGCGUUUAUCACCAAAAGAAAAAGCAAUUGUGGAAAGUCAAGUGGAGGAAUGGAUUAAGGAAGGAAUUAUCAGACCUAGCUGCUCAGAUUAUGCUAGCCCAAUUGUAAUUGUCCCUAAGAAAGAUGGUUCAUUUCGGGUAUGUGUUGACUAUCGUCGAUUAAAUAAUAAAAUCAUUAAGGAUCGUUACCCUUUACCUUUGAUAGAAGACCAGCUGGAUAAGCUUCAAGGGGCCAGAAUAUUUUCAACAUUAGACCUUAAGAACGGUUUUUUUCAUGUGGCUAUGGACGAAGAGAGUAUUAAAUAUACAUCUUUUAUUACACCAGAGGCACAAUAUGAAUUUAUGAAAACACCAUUUGGAUUGUGUAUUGCUCCACCUAUAUUUCAGCGCUUUAUAAACCAUGUAUUCAAGGAUAUAAUGCGGAUGGGAUAUUUGUUAAUAUACAUGGAUGACUUAGUAAUUAUUUCAAGCACAGUUGAGGAGAAUAUUGAAAGACUGAAGAUAGUAUUAAGAACCUCGGCUAACCAUGGUCUGAAAACUAAUUGGAAAAAAUGUCAAUUUCUCAAAAAAGAAAUUGAUUACCUGGGAUAUAGAAUCAAACACAAUAAACUGAGUCCAUCACCAUUAAAGCUGGCUGCUGUGGUAAAAUAUCUAAGACUACAGAAUGCAAAACAUAUUCAGAGCUUUUUAGGACUGACUGGAUAUUUUCGAAAAUUCAUUAAGGACUACGCCUUGAUUGCUCGUCCAUUGAGCGAAAUACUCAAAAAGAGUAUACCAUUCGUAAUUGGACCUCAACAAGAAAGUGCGUUUAAUAUGUUAAAGAAAAAAUUAACAGAGGCACCCGUAUUGGGAAUCUUUAAUCCAGAAGCAGUUACGGAGGUGCACACUGAUGCCAGCAUGUAUGGGUUUGGUGCCAUACUUUUACAGAAAGAUUCCGAUAAUCUGUUGCACCCUAUAUACUUUAUGAGCAAAAAAACUACGCAAGCACAGCAAAGAUACCAUAGUUAUGAAUUAGAAGUUUUAGCAAUUGUUGAGGCUGUGAAGAAGUUUAGAUCCUAUUUAUUAGGACUGCAGUUCAAAAUAGUAACCGAUUGCGCUGCAUUUACUAAAACACUAGAAAAAAGGGAACUUGCUACACGUGUAGCCCGCUGGGCAUUGCUGUUGAGUGAAUUUAAUUACACUAUUGAGCAUCGAGCCGGGUCCAAUAUGGCUCAUGUAGAUGCGUUGAGCCGUUAUCCGAUAUGCAUGAAUAUCAAUAGCGAAUUUAUAGCACAAUUGCAGAAAGCACAACAGAAUGAUAUUGAGGUGAAAACCUUAACUUCAGAAGCAAGGAUGAAUGGAUGUGGUUCAUAUAUUGUAGAAAAUGAUUUGCUUUAUGAAACACGAGAUGACAGAAAAUUACUGGUUAUUCCAAAAGGUAUGCAAAAAGAGUUAAUUCGAAAUGCACAUAAUGUUGGCCAUUUUCUAAGUCAUUUUUUUAAUGACCAUUCAAACUAA